UUCUUUGAUAUGUAAAAAGAAAAAAUAUAUUUGAUAAAGAAACACAUGUCUUCAAAUUGAAAAAUAAAGAUAACAAAUUGAAGAUAAUUAAAUGAUUAGGUAUAUCGAUCACAAUAUUUUAACCAAUUUGAAUCAUUUUUCUGAAAGAUCAAAAAUAAAUUUACAUAAUACCGAUUUGAAGAGCUUAAAUAUCAGAUUCAUAUUUGGCUGGUGUAAUGGCUCCAAUUCUUUAUUCUUGCGAGCUGAGUCCUCCUGUCAGAUCAGUAUUACUGACUGCAAAAGCUAUAGGACUGGAUUUGAAUAUUCAAGAUAUUGACCUUGGAAAAAAAGAGCAAAUGACACCAGAAUUUUUAGAGAUGAAUCCUCAACACACUGUUCCAACAUUACAGGAAGAUGAUGGUUUUGUUUUAUGGGAUAGUCAUGCUAUCAUGCCCUAUAUAGUUGAAAAAUACUCAAAGUAUGAUACAUUCUAUCCAACAGAUAUUAAAAAACGAGCUGUCAUUCAUCAGCGAAUGCAUUUUGAUACUAUUUCUAGUGUGACAAGAAGUGAAGCUAUAAAUCCUCUAUUCCAUGACAAUAAAACGAGUAUCCCAGAAAAUCUAGUGGCUACAAUAAAAACUCACUACAACUUUUUGGAGAAAAUCCUUGAGAGAUCUGAGUGGAUUGCAUGUGAUUCAGUUACUAUUGCAGACUUCAGUUUGAUACCAUCAAUUAAAACAGCUGAUAUUAUUGUACCUAUUGAUAGGAAUACUUAUCCAAAAUUGUCAAGCUGGCUGAAAAGAGCUGAGAACUGGAAAUAUUAUGAUGCUAAUGAACGAGGACAUGACUCCUUGAAAAAUCUUAUCCUGGAAAGGCUUCAAAGUUAAUUAUGUAAUUGGAAAAUUGUGAUUUUUUUUUCAUUUCGAAUAUAUCUUCAUUAAUUAUCUAAGUAAAAGUAUUAUAGGUACUACUCAAGGAAUAUCAGGAUAUUGAAGCUACCAUAUCAAUAAAUCAUCAUUUCAAUUCAAAA